AACAAAGAUAACAAGUGAACACAACCAAAGACGAUUGCUUUCAGGAUAAGGGAAAAAAAAUGGCAAUUCAACUGAACCACUUCCAAUCAUCGUUGCUGAAGCAAGAGAAGCAACCUAAGCCGCUAUUCUUCACUUCCUCUAAAACCAAAAACUUUGGUGUCAAUACUGCAGCGUCAAGCAGUGGGCAGCAGCUAAUACAGUCGGGUGAGGUGAAGCCUAUACUGCCUAAGGACGCAGCCACGGCCCUGAAUUCCGAGGGUUUCAAGUUACUCGACAUUAGACCGCAGUGGGAACGAGAAAAGGCAUAUGUUAAAGGGUCACUUCAUGUGCCACUCUUCGUCAAGGACAUGGACAAUAGCCCCAUUACUCUUUUGAAGAAAUGGGUGCAUUUUGGCUACAUUGGCUUGUGGACUGGCCAAAACUUUACUAUGAUCAAUCCUAAUUUCGUCCAAGAGGUAGAAGCUACUCUUCCUGACAAGGACGCUAAGCUGCUUGUAGCUUGUGGCGAAGGCCUAAGGUCCAUGAUGGCAACUUCCAAGCUAUAUGAGGGAGGAUAUAAGAACUUGGGGUGGUUGGCUGGAGGAUUUAAUCGAGCUGCAGAUAGUGAUUUCCCAGAGAUUGAAGGGCCUGAAAAGUUGCAGUACGCUACAAUUGGGGGUGUGUCUUAUUACUUCCUCCAAUUGCUCCUCCUCUUGCAAGCUGUGGGCAAAGAGUAAUUGAUUAGCUAGUCUAGAGUCAUUUCUGGGCGAGAUUUUACUAACGCUGACGCGGUCCCAGUCUUGCUAACCAGCAAUCUAGCUGGGAGGUUUUUAUUGGCAUAAUGGUUUAUUUUAGCUUCCAAUUUUUUUAAAAAAAAUUUAGCUUUAAUUUAUUUUGUUUCAUUUUUUUAGUUUUUAUAUUUUUGUUUUUUUGUUAAAUCAUUUAAAAUGAAUGAAAUUUUUUAAUUUUGCUGA